UAACAACUGUUCUAUGUUAUCACAAGUAUUCUCACUAAGAGGCCACUCUAGUUCAAUCACAUAUAUCUUGCCACUAGCAAAUGAAUUAAUAUCAGCGGAUUCAAAUGGUCAAUUAAUACGUUGGAGCUUGUCAACAAGACGACCAAUUAAUUCCUGGAAAGCUCAUAAUGAUAGCAUACUUACCCUAAUUAAAUUACCCAAUGGCCACAUUCUUAGUCAUUCGAGAGAUUCACACAUAAAAAUAUGGAAUGACACAACCGAAGUGUUUAAUAUGCCUGUGAAUUCAUUAAAUUUUUCCAAUGUUGUAAUGUUGAAGAAUUAUUUGAUAACUCCUGCUACUACUGAUGCCAACAAUUUUGAUGUGUAUCAGUUGGACCAUAAGGACAGUUAUGAAAUCACCCGAGUCAUUACAAGCUUCAAUGGGUACAAACUAGUAAAUAACAAUGGUAUCACUGAUGAUUACGGUGGCAGGAACGAUCUUGGUAUAAUUAUGAAAAUGUUGGUCAUUGAUAACAUACUAUACGUUGGUUAUGAAUCGGGCGAUUUACUAGCAUUAAACAUUGACUUCGAACCGCCAAUUAUUAUAACGAAAGCAAAUGACGCACCCAGUACUGGAAAGCUUUCAGCUUUCUUAAAACAAUCAAAGACAGUAAUUAACAGGGACCCCAAAAUAACACUUGUUGAUCAUAUAAAUAUCCAUGCCCCAAAUCCAAUUAUUUCAUUGUCGCAUAGUAAUAACCACAUAAUUGCUGGAUCAACUACAAAUAAACUAUCAUUAGAUCAUGAUAUAUUAAAGUUGAAUAACUCGGGUAUUCAAUCGAUAUUACCAACUCAUAAAGUAUUGCUAAUUGGGUAUUGGAAUGGAAUAAUUGAAGGGUAUAGCGAUAACCAGUGUGUGUUUACAAACAAGAGACAACUACCAAGAGUCAAUAUUUUGGAUUCAAAUAAAGGCAAUGCUAAACAGGAAAACUCUCUUUUAGUUAAAUUAACAUUUAUGGUGAGUAGAGAUAAAAUAGAACUGAAGGCAGUGUCUAAAUAUUCAAUCAAACAAAAGUUUACUGAUCAAGAAUUAGUAUUUGUUGGUUUUGAAGAUGGAACUAUAUAUGUUUAUAUAGUGAGUUGAUAUUCCUGGUAAUAUUAAUUGGUAUA